GCCUACCCGUUACACAACUGCGUCAAAUUGCAGUAAUGUCGUUUUAACGGUUAACAUACAGAUGCGUGUACGUACAAGCUUGUUGAGACAGUGUUUAGUGCCCGGCUGAAGUAUUGCGCAUUGGCAACAGUCUACUGACUUGCACAGCACACGUGACAGUUGCACCAUGGGUAACAUUGAUUCGGCGCUCCCUGUCUUGGAGGUAGAGAAAAAACCCGAGAAGGGUGAGUCGGAGGAAGAAGAGUCGGAUUCCAGCAGCGAAGAAGAAACUAGGAAACCCAAAAAGGUCAAGGUCAAGGUCGACAACAGUUGGAAACAAAGUGAGCUUAAAGAUCUUGGCCUAAAGUUGACCUUCAAGAACAAAGAAGACGCUUUGGCGAUAAAUGAAUGCAAGAUCGAAAAAUGGUCAAUGGAUGAGAGGAAUAAACAGAUAGAGGAGAUCCUGACCGAGAAGAAUGAGUUUAUCGCCAGUGACAUUUAUCACGUGACGGGGCCGAAAGUGACUCUGACUGAGAAUGUCACGGUUGUCGUUAAACUCGGCAAGGAUAUCUCUAAACGCCACAAGGUCAAGGUCAAGAUGCACUCUAAUGGGUCAUGGAAGAAUGAGGAUGCUACAUUUAAGAAAAACAGUGCCGAAUUCAAAACCACUCAAGUUGAGGAUUUCGUGAUUGUGGGCGACCUUGUUACUAAGAAGGUCAAGAUCCCUCCUGAGGGCAUGACGGUCAAGGUCGAUGACACUUCCAAGAUGGAGGUGGAAAUUCCAGCAGGCGCGGUGGACACUGACCAGGAACUGGAUUUCCAGAUUAUCCCUCCUGACGCGACUGCGAUGGAAAAGUACCUGACCGGCGAGGACCCGAUGUGUAAGUCUGUGGUGGGGGUCACCGAGUGCAUCUAUGGGGAGAGCUCCAAGGCCAUCACCUUCAAGAAGCCAGUGACUGUCAAACUCCCGUUUGAGAACAAACCUGUAGAUGAUGACGUCACACUCGUCAUGUUCCGGAUGGUUGGCAAUGAGAUUACCAUGAUGGACCGAAGUACGGAGAUUGGGAUGAAUGAGGGGAACGUGUGUAAUCUGCAAGUGUCGGCGUUCAGUGGAUAUAUUGCAAGCUACGUAAGGAACGACGCCCUGGAUGACCCCAAAACCAUUGAGUCGGAGAUUCGACUCUUGUUUGGAAAGAACUACAUCGCCAAGAUUCUGAUAUUUCGUGAGAGGAAAAACAUGCCCACAGGGUUCCCGAAGCUCUGGGUGGAGAUCGUGGACAAGGUCAACGUGGAGAAGGUUGUAGAGAAACGCACCCAGGUGGACAAACUGGUGGAGCUCCAAAACAGCCGCUCCCAGGACAUCAAGGUAUUCGACGGCUAUCGCAUGCGUAUUGACAUCGUCGGCAAUCUGAAGGGCCUUCGUGAUAUUCCUAAGAGCUACUAUCUUCUGACUUAUUUGGAUGUAGCUGACGACAACCACAAAAUGUUUACGGUGGAGAAGAAAGGCGAAGUCCACACCAGCAUCGGUAUCAUCAACUUCUACUGCGACAAGGGACCACACAGACGGUGUGUGCACUCUGUUCAGAUGGACACUGUGGUGGGGUUCGACAAAGUCUACCGUACUGACCAUGAAUCGGGCCCAAGACAGAAGAGACUCGCCUCUGGUGGGGAUGAAGCCUCGCUGAUGUCUGGUUUUAGUGGACAUGCUUCAAGCUCGUCCAUCGGAAACGACGCCAUGUCGAUGGCAACUGGGGUCGCCGGUUACCAGGAAACACAACCAAAUCAAUUGGUACGCCAGAAUUCUAGUCUCUCCAUAGGGUCUGCAACAUCUCUGAUGUCACAAGCUCCCCUGUGUCCAGCGCUGAAUGAAGGCAGUCUUUACAAUAUGGCGGAGAUGAUCAAGCAAGGCGACAAUGGCAUGAGCCUGUCAGCCCAACUCGGCAUGUCAGACAACUAUGACACCAUCAGUGAAAGUAGCCAAAGCCAAAGAGCGGCUGUCUUCAAACUCCUGAAAGAAUGGACGAAGAAGCAGACGACAACAGACGAUGCUGUGGAAGAAUUAACGUCUGCUCUGAAGGCCGCCAAGCUGAAGAAGGUGGCAGAAGCUUUCAAGAAGGCGGUCAAGAAGAACACAUCCGUGUAGAGGCGAGACGCCAUGACACCCUCCGGGGAACUACUUCCGGAAACGUGUACCAAGCUCCUCACAGCGAUAGCCCGUUCGCGGAGCUCCGCACUGUGCCAGGCGGCCACAGCCAUGCAUGUAAGCUCCUCAUAGCGAUAGUCCGUUGGCGGAGCUCUCUAUACUAUCGCUGCCACCAGUCAAAACUCCCCACUGUGAUAGGUGACCCCAACAAUGCUUGGAGUUGAACUCGCAACCGAAUGACCGUUAUGUUUACAAACGAGUGACGAAUG